CACCGAGCCAAUAAUUUACCGGUCGCUCCCCACGUCACGUUGUGGCGCGCCUGUGCCAAGACCCUUGACUGCUUCGCGUCACUCCCAUUCCUCUUCAGCGCGUCAGCCAUUUCAACAUCCAACUUCAGGCCUCUUGACUUACUGUUGCCGGAGCACUUGCGCCAGCUCCAAUGCAAGAAGUCCCAAGGACUCAUAGAUCAUAAACCCGCCCAUUUUCUCCCAAUUGCACCCGAACAUACUCGCAUAUUUUUCGCCUUCUGUCAAUAGCCGAUCUCAGUCUUUCCAACCCCCGCCAUGCCUGACAUUCGAUCUUUUUUCGUCCCAAAGGGCGGCGCUCCUCCGGCUAAGCCGACGCCCAAGAAGGAGCAGGAAACGACCAAGAAACCGAGAGGCAAAGGGCGGAAAGUUGUCGAAGAUAGCGAUGAGGAUGAAGUUGUUGAAGUCAAGAAGCCAGUCCGAACAACGCCCCGGAAGAAGACAGCAGCUCCUGCCGAAAUCAAAGGAGUAGAAACAUCUGCCGCAAAGUACUUUGCGUCAUCCAAGACGAGGCCAGAUAAUACCCAAGAAACGCCCAAGCCUGGUGUUGAGGUCCGCGUCAGCCCCAGAACGAAGGCCCCAGCAUCCCAACGUCCCGCUGAGCCUGUCAAGGCUGCAAAAACUAGCACCACCAAAAAGCCCAUUACCGCCUUUAAGGAGCACCACCUGAAUGAUGAUGAUGCCUUUAUGGACGAUGACGAUGAUGCGGGCGAUGACAUCUUUGCAGCGGACGGGAAGGGCCGUAACAAAAGGAGGAACGACGAGUAUGUCGAGGAGGAGAGCGAGGAGGAAUUUCUCCCUAAGCCUAAACGGGUCGCGUCCCGCGGUGCCAAAGCCAUCAAGGACGAGUCCGAACACGACGUAAAACAGAUCUCGAAGAAAGCUGCCGAGCAGGCGCCCGCUGUGAGCAGGAAACGCAAAUCUCCUGCCGCUGACAGCGAGGACGAAGACGAGGAUGAUGUCAAACCUGCCAAAAAGGCGGCGCCGGCUAAGCCACGAGCUCCGCGGGCGAAGAAGCAGGCCGAGCCGGAGCCCGAUGAGAUCAAGGCCAUUCUCGACAACGUCCCCACAGUCGAGGCGCCGGAAGCCCCCCCAGUAGAUCCGAACGUGAAGUUUGACUGGCGGAAGCACGCUGGACAAGGUGGUGGCAACACUGGACCGCCCCCCAACGCCGGUGCGCUCGAGAUACCGGAGGGAGAGGAGAACUGCCUGAUCGGUAAAACCUUCGUCUUCACAGGUCUACUCAAGACCAUCAGCCGGGAUGAUGCUCAGGCUCUGGUCAAGCGGUAUGGCGGUAAGGUUACAGGCGCUCCGAGCAGCAAGACAGAUUUUGUUGUCCUUGGCGACGAUGCAGGUGCCAGCAAGCUGAGAAAAAUCAAGGAGCACGGGCUCAAGACGAUCGACGAGGCGGGCCUAUUUUACCUUAUCAAGACCAUGCCAGCUUAUGGUGGCACCGGCAAAGGCGCUGAAAAGGCCAAGCAAAAGCGGGAAGAGGAAGAGAGAAAGGCCCGUGAGGAGGCAGCCCAGAUGGAGCGAGAAGAGAAGGCCAGGAAAGCGGAAGCGGAGAAGGCGGCUAAGAAGGCGGCCGCUGCCCGUGGAGUCGCUACACCCGCUCAGGCCCAACCACUGUCACAGUUAUGGACGACAAAAUACGCUCCCACCCAGCUUAAUCAGAUUUGCGGCAACAAGGCGAAUGUGGAGCGAAUACAGUCCUGGCUUAAGAAUUGGCCGAAGUCACGCAAGUACAACUUCCAAAAGCGAGGCGCGGAUGGUAUGGGCGGAUACCGCGCAAUCAUCAUCUCUGGACCGCCCGGUAUUGGCAAGACAACAGCAGCUCACCUUGCGGCCAAGCUAGAAGGCUACGACGUGCUCGAGAGCAAUGCAAGUGACACGCGCAGCAAGAAGCUGGUCGAGAACGGCGUCAGCGAUGCGCUCAACAACACGUCGCUCCUGGGUUUCUUUGCCGGCGACGGCAAGAAGGUCGAUGCCGCCAGAAAGAAGAUUGUUCUUGUCAUGGAUGAGGUUGACGGCAUGUCUGCCGGCGACCAGGGUGGUGUCGGUGCUCUUGCCAAGCUCUGCAAAACGACAGAGGUCCCUCUUAUCCUGAUUUGCAACGAGCGCAGAUUGCCCAAGAUGAAGCCCUUUGAUCACGUCGCCUUCGACAUCAAGUUCCAGCGCCCAACUGUUGACCAGAUCCGAUCCCGCGUCAUGACCAUCUGCCAUAGAGAAGGCUUGAAGAUGCAGCCUCAGGUUGUGAACGCCCUGAUCGAGGGUAGUAACAAAGAUAUUCGCCAGAUCAUCAACAUGCUGUCCACAGCAAAGCUCGAUCAGACGUCAAUGGACUACGAACAGAGCAAGGCGAUGACCAAGGCAUGGGAGAAGCACGUGGUGCUGAAGCCGUGGGAUAUCUGCCAAAAGAUGAUAGGAGGCGGACUCUUCAGCCCGGCGAGCAAUGCGACACUGAACGACAAAAUCGAGCUGUACUUCAAUGACCACGAAUUUAGCUUCUUGAUGAUACAAGAAAACUAUCUUCGCUCGAAGCCGGCAGCGUUAAGUUCCAAGGGCUACAGCCCGAAGGAGCAGAAUCUCAAACAUCUUGAGCUGGUUGAUCUGGCUGCCGAAAGCAUCAGCGAUGGAGAUUUGGUCGACCGCAUGAUACACGGCCCGCAGCAGCACUGGAGCUUGAUGCCCACGCACGCAGUCUUCAGCACCGUCCGGCCCUCGAGCUUCAUUGCCGGCGCUUUUGGAGCCCAGACUAUGUUCACAUCUUGGCUCGGGAAUAUGAGCAAGACAUUGAAGCUGGGCCGCUUUGUCCGCGAGAUCCAUUCCCACAUGCGGCUCAAAUCAUCGGGUGAUCAUAAUGAAGUCCGCCAGCAAUAUCUACCGGUCCUCUGGCACCAGCUGGUAAAGCGGCUGGAAAUUGAAGGCAAUGAUGCAGUGGAGGAUGUCAUCAACUUGAUGGAUAGCUACUACCUCACACGGGAGGACUUUGACGCCAUCAAGGAGCUUGGAGUGGGGUACCAGUCGGAAGAGCUGCUCAAAAUUGAGUCGCAGACCAAGGCAGCGUUUACCAGAACGUAAGUCGUCGGCGCCAGUUGGGUGUUUGAUGCAAUGCUAACAUGCGUCCAGGUACAAUGCCAUGGCUCACCCCGUGCCCUUCAUGAAAGCCAG